CUGCGCUCGGAGCGGCCGCGGAGCAGCCGGAGCCGUCCCCGCCGCCCCCCUCCCUGCAGCGGCCGUCGCGCCUACGCCAGCCCCCGGCUUCGCUCGCGGCCUAUCCCGGCUCCUCGGCAUGGCGCGGCCCCUCGUGCCCAGCUCGCAGAAGGCGCUGCUGCUGGAGCUGAAAGGGCUGCAGGAGGAGCCCGUGGAAGGGUUCCGGGUCAACCUGGUGGACGAGGGGGACCUCUACAACUGGGAGGUGGCCAUCUUCGGCCCCCCGAACACCUACUAUGAGGGCGGGUACUUCAAGGCUCGUCUCCGGUUUCCCAUCGACUACCCCUAUUCUCCUCCUGCCUUUAGGUUCUUAACCAAAAUGUGGCACCCCAAUAUCUACGAGACCGGCGAUGUCUGCAUCUCCAUCCUCCACCCGCCGGUGGAUGACCCGCAGAGCGGGGAGCUGCCAUCUGAGCGGUGGAACCCCACCCAGAACGUGCGGACCAUCCUCCUGAGCGUGAUCUCGCUGCUGAAUGAACCCAACACAUUUUCUCCAGCCAAUGUGGACGCCUCCGUGAUGUACCGCAAGUGGAAGGAGAGCAAAGGGAAGGACCGGGAGUACACGGACAUCAUCAGGAAGCAAGUCUUGGGCACAAAGGUGGACGCUGAGCGGGAUGGCGUGAAGGUCCCCACCACCCUGGCAGAGUACUGUGUGAAGACCAAGACUCCAGCCCCAGAUGAGGGCUCAGACCUCUUCUAUGAUGACUAUUAUGAGGAUGAUGAGAUGGAGGAGGAAGCAGACAGCUGUUACGGUGAUGAGGAUGACUCCGGCAAUGAGGAAUCUUGAUGGCCCUCUGGCGUUGCAGAACUUACUAUAAACUACUGAAUUUUACCUCAACUAGGACAAACUGGUUUGAAUUUAGGAUCUGUCAGCCCUGAAAUUAACUCUCUACCUCGCAGGGAGACUGUUCUGCUGUUGCAAAGGAAAUCCCACCACUGUCCUUGUAGAAAAAGCAAAAAAACAAACCCUAUUUUAUAAACUUCC